AUUCCUUCCUCUUCUUCCUCUGUCCCCUCUCGAUGCGCAUGCGGAUGCGGGCGCCAUCCCAACGAAGAUGAAGCCCACCACCAGCGCUGCGACCCCGCGGGGCCCGACGCCUUCGUCCGCCGCCGCCAGGCGCCAGCGGAAGGCGCCAUUGCCGCUGGGCGACGUCACCAACCUGCUCCUCCCCGGGCCCCCGACCCCAAUCCAACCCAGGAGAACUGGCGGCCGACCCGCGCCUUCCGACGCCUCCGCAUCCUCUUCCACCUGCUCCUCCACGGCCUCCGCCACGCCCAAGCCGUCCCCCGCCUCCGCACUUGAUAAUGAGCACAGUGUCGUUGCAUCGCCAGCCAUCUCCACGGUUUACGCCAGCCGCAGCAGGGCUCCCGAGGCUCCAAGGACGACGACGAACCCCACCGGCACCAAGGGCAAGGAACCCGUUGCUGCUUCUGCUGCUGGAACAUCGACCUGCCCCCCUCUUGGAAAACCUACGACCAGGAAAACCACUGCGGCUCUGGAUACUCGACUCAUUUCUUCUUCAGCUCCUUGUCAUGAAGCUAAUACGGUCACACCCCCGCCCAAACCUUCCUAUGCUGCCGCCCUUGAAGUUGAGGAGGAGCGCAGUGUGGUAUAUGCCAGGCGUAGGGCUCCUGAUGCUCAAGGGAUGAGGAGGAACCCCACCGGCACCAACAACAGGGGCAAGGAACUUGUUGCUUCUGCUGGAACAGCGAGCUGCCCCCUUCUUGGAAAAGCUACAAGCAGGAAAACCUCAAUGGCUCAGGAUACUCGGCCCAGUUCUUCUUCAGCUCCUUGUCAUGAAGCUAAAAAGAAGCGGCCCUCUCCAAGCACACCCAAGUUACCAGAAGACUUUGUGAAGAAACAGAGCGUACUUUGCAGAUAUCGAUGCAUUUGAACUGGCAGAGGAAGAGGUCUCGGAAACUGACCUGGACUGAACUGAAGCUGAUCCAUAGGUUUUCAUGAAAGUAUAUGACCUUUUCUGUACAGAAGUACAUUCAGAGUUCCUUUUACAGUGUAGCUGCGGAGUUAUGGUAGCAAAGUGAUUACUAGUCCAUGCACCACUGAGCCAGUAAUGUUCCUUUGGUUCAAGCUUGUAGUUAUAGCAUACUAGUGUGUGGCAGAUACUGUGAUAUGAAAACGAGGGGGAGCUUUUACUGUUUGAGAAAAAUGAGCCAGCUGACAGUGCUAAUAUCUCGAUCUUUAGCUUGUUAGGAUCUGGCAACUAUGGAUUAUAUUUUGUUCUGAUUUUUCUUCAAAGUUUCUUCUUGUUUUUGUUAAUUUGAAUUUGGGGUGUGUACUUGUGCACACAAAGCCAUUGGCAGUAUACUAGGCCUUUGCAUGA